AUGUGCCGCCGCCGCGCGUGUGAAGUACUACGACCCGGGUCUAUUCACGGAGACUCUGGGACCAGCAAUGCGGAAGUGCCUCCAGGCUGGUCUCGGCUCACUCGGGUCCGAGGCCGAGUCGCGCAGGUUCAGCCUCGUGGAGGCCUUGGAUGUCCUCCGGGCGCUUUCGCAGCUCAACGCUGCCAAGGCGCUCUCGGCAGUGUUCACUGCAGCGAUCAAAGCUAUCGAGGCUUAUGCGAAGAAGGCCGGGGGCAAUGGCGGCUUGGACAAGGAGCAGAUCAAAUUCCUUCGGGAGCUCUUUGUGGCUGCAGGUCGGGAGGAGGAUGUGGCCUUCCUGUCAGAACUCCGUGCUGCUGCCGGGGGUCCUCAGGGCUCCGUCAAGGAAGGGCUGAACAGCCAAGGGCUGCCGAUGCGCCCUGGCGCCCGCAUUUGCGAUUCCUUCGCGAAAAGUGGCACGUGUCGUCUGGGGGCCAACUGCCGUUUCGACCACCCCGAGGGCAUGAAGGUGACGUUCAACUCGGAGGGCUUCCCGAUGCGGCCCUGGGCUGCAACCUGCCCAUACUACAUGUCAAUGGGCACCUGCGACUUCAAGCGCAAUUGCAAGUGGCACCACCCUGA